AUGCCAGCAUCUCCCGAUUCAAAAGUACAACCGCUACCACCCCAAGUCCACACCACCGUGACCGAAGUCCCGCCAGCCGUGGCCCCUGAACCCACCACCAACACCACAACCACCACCACCACCCACCUCAAGCCCACCGCAGCAAUCCUGGACCAUGCCUACGACCGCGACUUCAAGCAGCCCAACCCCAACCCUCCCAGCAACAAUCCCAGCCAGAGUGACGUCGGACUCGGCAGCCUAGGAGUAGUAGGAGUAGGAGUAGGAGCAGGAGGCGGCGGAAGCGUGCUCCCGCGGGCCGACACCGAGCUGUCGUGGGGCGCGCCGGCGGGCCUGCACAUCCGCGGCCUCAACGACGAGAACCUGGUCAUCUUCCGGCGGGCCGUGGGCAUCAACAGCACGCUGGUGGCCGGGCCGGGGCCGGGGUCGUCGUCGACCGACCCGGCGUCGCUGGAGGAAGGCCGGCGGCGGGCGGAGGGCAUAUACGCCGCCGCGCUCAGCGCCGUGCGCCGCAAGACCUGGAGCUACCACUUCCUCUCGUGGUUGAUCAAUGCCUGUCACUUUGUGCAGAUCAUCAUCGGCGCGAGCUUGACUGCUCUGGGUCCGAGUGCCGGUUCCCAUGUGGUCGUCAUCACCCUCCUAGGCGCCAUCAACACCGUCAUUGCCGGUGUGCUGGCCCUGAUUAAGGGUCAGGGUUUGCCAGACCGCCUGUAUCAUGACCGGGCCGAGUACCGGAGGCUCCAGGACUGGAUCGAGCAGACCGAAGCGCUGCUGGCAGUCGGCAUCAUUGGCCGGGACCGGAAGGAGGUGGGGGUGCUGGUGCAGACGGCCUUCAAGAAGUACAACGCCGCCAUGCAGUGCGUCGAGAGCAACCUCCCGGAGAAUUAUACCCACCCGCCCGAGAGCGAGCAGCUCAGCGUGGCCGGUUCGCGAAAGGGAUCACCGAGCCCAUCGGGCCAUCACGGACGGUCUCCCGGUCCAUACCACCGAUGA